UAUAAACAAUCUUUCCAUCAUACCCUUUCUCCCACUCAAACUCAAACACACCACGACACAGCCCUCCCUCAUCAUCUUCUUCACCACGACCCAAACUAUCUUUGAGCUUCUCCACACCCCGGCGAUACUUUGACAACUGUAGAAUUCCCUCACCACUUCAGUUUCGUGACCAUCAAUUGCACUCACGAACUCACGGGUUUUGGAGGCGAGAUCAUGUCGUUGUUUUUGCACUGAACUACAGUCCAUUUUGAAGUUGUCGUCGUGUAAAUUUGAGCUUCUCCACCCUUCAAUCAUCAUCUUCUUCACCACGACCAACAAAAAUUUGAGUGUCUCCACUCCUUCGGUUUUGGCAAGCCUGUCCACCCCUUCAGGUAGUUCUGAGUGCUCAUCAGCCAAGUCUACAACAAUUGUAGUUUUGCUAUGAUGGUUGGGAGCAAAGCAGAAGCAUCUUAAGAGAUAAGCAGAAUGAAAUACCUCAAGGGGCUUUCAUGUCAUCACCUUCACAUUUUUAAUGUCUGAGAUUCUUAGUUAUCAAGUUGGAGGAAAAGCCGAGAAGCACAUAAACUUGCUUGUGGACCAUUUGGCUGAAUGGUUAGAAGAGGAGCAUGGAAAGAACCUGAUUUUUCAUACUUUCACUAACACUUGAUGGCUAAUGUAUAGGGCUAUCCUCGAGGGGUUUCAGAAGCAUGAUCCUUACUUAAUGGGGAGGAUUAGAGGCUGCAUUGUGGAUUCUGCACCUGUUGCAGCACCUGACCCACAGGUAUGGGCUUCAGGUUUCUCUGCUACAUUUUUAAAGAAGAAUAGUGUGACAACAAAAGGAGCCAUAAGCUUGAAUGCGUCGGGAACUGGAGUUUUGGUUGACACCAAGGAAGCUGUGGAACCAAAACCAGCAGUAACUGAAGCAACUUUGAUGUUGGUUUUGGAGAAGUUUUUUGAUGUGGUUUUGAACCUUCCGGCGGUGAACAAGUAAUUUAUCACAAAAAUCACUACCAAUGAUUCGUUAAUUAUUAUCAUAUGCCUGUUUAAUUGAAGUAUAUGUGUUCUCCUUGAUUAAGAAAUGAAUUUCAAGUUACAAUA